GAAGGUGGCCGUGGCCGGCGCGGAAGCAGCAGCACUGCAGGCUCGGAGCAGACCGGAGCGCUAGGCGGCCGCUGCACGUCCCAGCUCCCCUCCCUGUGCGCCUGCCCAUGGCGGCCGCGGGGCAGCUGUGGCUGCUUUACCUGUCGGCGGGGCUCCUGCCCCGGCUCGGCGCCGCAUUCAACUUGGACACCCGCGAGGAAAAUGUGAUCCGCAAAGUUGGGGACCCCGGGAGCCUCUUCGGCUUCUCGCUGGCUAUGCACUGGCAGCUGCAGCCCGAGGACAAGCGGCUGUUGCUAGUGGGGGCCCCUCAGGCCAAAGCUCUUCCGCUGCAGAGGGCCAACCGGACAGGGGGCUUGUACAGCUGCGAUAUCACUUCCCGGGGACCAUGCACACGGAUUGAAUUUGAUAACGAUGCUGACCCUUCCUCAGAAAGCAAGGAAGACCAGUGGAUGGGUGUCACAGUCCAAAGCCAGGGCCCAGGGGGCAAAGUUGUGACCUGUGCUCACCGCUAUGAAAAAAGGCAACAUGUUAAUACAAAGCAGGAAUCCCGAGACAUCUUUGGGAGGUGUUACGUCUUGAGUCAGAAUCUCAGAAUUGAAGAUGAUAUGGAUGGAGGAGAUUGGAGUUUUUGUGAUGGUCGUUUGCGAGGUCAUGAAAAAUUUGGUUCUUGUCAGCAAGGUGUAGCAGCUACUUUUACUAAAGACUUCCAUUACAUUGUGUUUGGAGCCCCGGGUACUUACAACUGGAAAGGGAUUGUUCGUGUAGAGCAAAAGAAUAAUACUUUUUUUGACAUGAACAUCUUUGAAGAUGGGCCUUAUGAAGUUGGUGGAGAGACUAACCAUGACGAAGGUCUAGUUCCUGUUCCUGCUAACAGUUAUUUAGGCUUUUCUUUGGACUCAGGGAAGGGUAUUGUUUCCAAAGAUGAGCUCACAUUUGUAUCUGGUGCUCCAAGAGCCAAUCACAGUGGAGCUGUGGUUUUGCUAAAAAGAGACAUGAAAUCUACACAUCUUCUGCCCGAGCAUAUAUUUGAUGGGGAAGGUCUGGCCUCUUCGUUUGGCUAUGACGUGGCAGUGGUGGAUCUCAACAAAGAUGGGUGGCAAGAUAUAGUUAUUGGAGCCCCACAGUAUUUUGAUAGAAGUGGAGAAGUUGGAGGUGCAGUGUAUGUCUACAUAAACCAGCAAGGCAGAUGGAAUAAUGUCAAGCCAACUCGUCUUAAUGGAACCAAAGAUUCUAUGUUUGGCAUUGCAGUCAAAAAUAUUGGCGAUAUUAAUCAAGAUGGCUACCCAGAUAUUGCGGUUGGAGCUCCGUAUGAUGAUAUGGGAAAGGUUUUUAUCUAUCAUGGGUCUGCGAAUGGAAUCAACACCAAACCUACACAGGUUCUGGAGGGUAAAUCACCUUACUUUGGAUAUUCGAUUGCUGGAAAUAUGGACCUUGACAGAAAUUCCUACCCUGAUGUUGCUGUUGGUUCCCUCUCAGAUUCAGUAACUGUUUUCAGAUCCCGGCCUGUGAUUAACAUUCUGAAAACCAUGACAGUACUUCCUAACAGAAUUGAUCUCCGCCAGAAAAUGUCUUGCGCGGCACCUAGUGGGAUAUGCCUCAAGGUUAAGGCCUGUUUUGAAUAUACUGCCAAACCCACUGGUUAUAACCCUUCCAUAGUCAUUGUGGGCACACUCGAAGCUGAAAAGGAAAGAAGGAAAUCUGGGCUAUCGUCAAGAGUUCACUUUCAAAACCAAGUGUCUGAGCCCAAGCACACUCGGAUACUCACUCUGAACGGGCAGAAGCAGAAAGCCUGUAUGGAGGAAACCCUCUGGCUGCAGGAAAAUAUCAGAGAUAAACUUCGCCCCAUUCCCAUAACUGCUUCAGUAGAGAUCCAAGAGUCUGGCUCUCGUCGGCGAGUGAAUUCACUUCCGGAAGUUCUUCCAAUUUUAAAUUCAAACGAACCCAAGACAGUCCAUUCAGAUGUACACUUCUUAAAAGAGGGAUGUGGAAACGACAACAUAUGUAAUAGCAACCUUAAACUGGAGUAUAAGUUCUGUACCCGAGAAGGAAAUCAAGACAAAUUUUCUUAUUUACCAAUUCAUAAAGGUAUACCAGAGCUAGUUCUAAAAGAUCAGAAGGAUAUUGCUUUAGAAAUUACUGUGACAAACGGCCCUUCCGAUCCAAGGAACCCCACCAAUGAUGGUGACGAUGCCCAUGAAGCUAAACUCGUCGCCACAUUUCCAGACACGCUGACUUACUCUGCUUUCAGAGAGCUGAGGUCUUUCCCUGAGAAACAGCUGAGUUGUGUUGCCAACCAAAAUGGCUCGCAAGCGGACUGUGAGCUUGGAAAUCCUUUUAAAAGAAAUUCCAACGUGACUUUUUAUUUGAUUUUAAGUACAACAGAAGUCACCUUUGACACCACAGAUCUGGAUAUUAAUCUGAAGUUGGAAACAACAAGCAAUCAAGAUAAUUUGGCUUCAAUUACAGCUAAAGCAAAAGUGGUUAUUGAGCUGCUUUUAUCGGUGUCCGGAGUUGCUAAACCUUCCCAGGUGUAUUUUGGAGGUGCUGUUAUGGGUGAGCAAGCUAUGAAAUCUGAAGACGAAGUGGGAAGUUUAAUAGAGUAUGAGUUCAGGGUAAUUAAUUUAGGCAAGCCUCUUAAGAACCUCGGCAUGGCAACCUUGAAUAUUCAGUGGCCUAAAGAAAUUCACAAUGGCAAAUGGUUGCUUUAUUUGGUGAAAGUGGAAUCCAAAGGGUUGGAAAUGGUAACCUGUGACCCUCCGAGUGAAAUCAACCUCCUGAACUUAAAGGAGUCUCACAACUCAAGGAAGAAACGGGAAAUUGCUGAAAAACAGAUAGAUGAUAGAAAAUUUUCUUUAUUUGCUGAAAGGAAGUAUCAGACUCUUAACUGUAGUGUGAACGUGAGAUGUGUGAACAUCAGGUGUCCACUGCGAGGGCUGGACAGCAAGGCUUCCAUUAUCUUGCGCUCGAGGUUAUGGAACGGCACGUUUCUGGAGGAAUAUUCCAAAUUGAACUACUUGGACAUUCUUGUGCGGGCUUCCAUUGAUGUGACUGCUGCUUCGGAGAAUAUCAAGCUGCCAAACGCAGGCACUCAGGUUCGUGUGACUGUCUUUCCCUCCAAGACGGUAGCUCAGUAUUCAGGAGUACCAUGGUGGAUCAUCCUAGUGGCUGUUCUUGCUGGGAUUUUGAUGCUUGCUCUGUUAGUGUUUAUACUAUGGAAGUGUGGUUUCUUCAGGAGAAAUAAGAAAGAUCAUUAUGAUGCCACAUAUCACAAGGCUGAGAUCCAUGCUCAGCCAUCUGAUAAAGAGAGGCUUACUUCUGAUGCAUAGUAUUGAUCUCCUUCUGUAAUUGUGUGGAUUCUUUAAACGCUCUAGGUACGAAGAUAGCCUUCCCCAAUACCAUGCUGUAAGGAUCCGGAAAGAAGAGCGAGAGAUCAAAGAUGAAAAAUAUAUUAACGAUCACCUUGAAAAAAAGCAGUGGGUCACAAAGUGGAAUGAAAAUGAAAGCUACUCCUAGGGGAGCCAAAGAAAAGCCCCACAGAACCCAAGCCAGGUUUUCCCCCAUUCCAACACAGAAAUUCCAGUGGAUUUUAAGGCCCUUCAGUACCUGAAUAUUGACUUCAGAUUGCCUACACUCAGUACGAACCAACAGUUUUAACUGUGGAUAUUGUUACGUACCCUAAGGCUCUUGUUUUGCACAGCCAAAUUUAAGACUGUCGGAAUGGAUUUUUUCUUUCACUGCCUUAAUUUAACUCUCUGGGCUGCUUUCGAGUUGCUGUGGCUGACU